GAUCUAUUUACAGUGGAUGGAAACUGGGGAGAAUGGUCGGAUUUUAGCAACUGUUCUACAACAUGUGAUGGAGGAACACAAAACAGAACAAGACUAUGUGAUAAUCCAGAACCGAGUAAUGAUGGUGCUACCUGUUCUCCUCCUGGUAGCGAAACUCGGUCUGAGUUCAAUCAGUUUGUACCGCUAACCCCGUUUUUUAAUCCUGCAAAUAUAUAUUCAAUAUAA